AUGUCGAGCAGCACACAAUCAGACAACCCCGGCGAGACCAUACGUCUGGCCGUGGAGCGAUUUCGCAUCAAAAUGGAGUCCGCGGAUCGGCAAUUCAUUCAAGACCGCUACGACUUAGGAACGACAAGCUCAAGUGAGAGCUGGAAUGGUAACGCUCCCCUUGGCCCUGUUCAGCAACAUCGCGAGGAGGCAAAGGUCUCGCGGCUAGAGGACCUGAAGACCACAUUUCAUCAGUAUAUGGAUGGGAUCGUUCCAUCAACUAUGGCGCCAGAUGAAUGGCGCGAAAUGUUUAUGAAGACUUUCGAAAGCGUGUCUAAUGAGGCUCCUCGGCAUGAUGACAACGAUGAUGAGGACUUUUAUAUUCUGAGAAGUGAUGAACUGGCUCACUUCAUCAAAUAUGCCAAUGGUGUGCACGAUCCGGACUCUCGUCACUCGGGCAUCUCUCCGUGGGAGCCCGUGCCUCCAAUGAGAAUGGAAAUUCGCGAGUAUGCAUAUACGGAUCGUCCGGCUGUUCAAGCACUAACUCCUCCUGACAUCGCGAAAGCACGAGAAGAAUUGAAGGAGUCUCUUGAAGACAGGCUGCUAGACGAAAACUGGAUUUGGGGCCAUUGCGGCUACGAAUUCGAGGUAAAGGUCGGUUUCCAUACUGGCCUCGGCUCGUGUAUAGAACACGAUGCAUGGUAUAGCAUCUAUAUGUAUUGUCGUCAAUUUGAAGAAGACUCUGAUCCAAGUCACAAGUACUGGACAUGGCGGGUUGUCAUUUUUAGCGCUGAUAUUAUGAAUCCAACCGAGCCGAUAUAUAUUCUAGAUGUCCAAAACAAGAUGAUAAUCUAG